GUUUUGUUUGUUUGUUUGAGUCUCCCUGUAAAUGGAUCCUGAACGCAUCAGCUGUCUGUUUUGGGGGGAAGAAACAAAUGAGUGUGCCUUUGGAAGGGGGGAUCAUGACUGGCUUUUUUCCUUGCGGUUUUGGUGAGGGGGGUGGUGGCUUCGGAGCAGGGCGUGCCCCCCCCCCACGUCAAAGCGGUGACUCAGUUUUGUGUUGCUUCAGCCAGCAGAGCGUCGGGCGGGUUAUAAAAAGGCUGCCGAGGGGGUGGAGGCAGCUACUCGAGCAGCAGAGAAGCCCGAGGAGGAAGAGGGAGAGGAAAGCCGUCUGGACAGAAAACAGAAGCCGACUCGAGAUGAAGAUGCUCGUGGUCCUCCUAGCCUCUUGGCUGGUACUGGCAAGAUCGGCCACCGUGGCCCCCAAAGAUGACGGAGCAGAGGUGCCGGUAUCUCCCCCCACAGAGGAAUUCCUCCAAAAGGAAAUCAACCCUAUGGAGAACCUGCCAUUCCAAUUUGUACUACAGGAGGAAGUCGACCCUUUUAUGGACCCUGUGGACCAGCGGGAAGUGCUUGAGCUGCCGUUGCUGAUCCAUGGGGAGCCGCAGGGGGGCUUCUCCGCCUUCGCCCCCAGAGGCCUGAAGCCCUCCGGCAGGGGCCGCCCGCGCUACCCCAGCAACCUGCCCGAAUUCCCCCCAGGCCGCCCCACCCUCGGCAACCUCAACAGCAUCUGCGCCGAAGAGAGGCAGGGGGCGGCCUACGGGCCCUGGAACCUGCCCAGCACCGGCUUCAGCCACCUCAGUCGCCAGGGGGAAGCCCUCAACGACCUGGAGUCUAGCAUGGGCCAGUGCUGCCAACUUGCCGAGGACAAGAAGCUGGACUGCAGCCUGGCCACGUGGUCCCAUGUUCUGGAGAAGUUCUGCGAUGCCGAAUUCUCUGUGAAGACCAGGCCUUACCCCUGCUGCAAACUGGAGGGGGCCAGCAAGGACAACUGCUUCGCCAACCUGGCCCCUUUCCCGAAUUACGACUACGUCGGCGCCCAAGGCCAGCGAGAGAAGUUGGGCGACUGCACCCACAGCGACCCCUCCUGGUGCAAACCCAAAGACCUGGUCCCCGCUCGCAAGCUGCCUGCCCUCUCCUUCCCCCCGGGCCGACCCACCAAUGCCAACAUCAAGAACAUUUGCAAGCUGCGCAAAUUCCGGCCCGUCUACCUCCCCAGCACCCUCCCGAAGACAGGCUUCGGCUGGUUUGUGCGCCAGGCCCGGGCGCUCAACCGCCUGGAAAACGAGUUCAAGAAAUGUUGUCGGAAGGAGAAUGUCGGCUGUGCUCAAAGAGGGUGGGGAAAAGUCCUGACUCAGUUCUGCAAGCAGGAGGGCUCCGUGAAGACCAGGCCCCACUUUUGCUGCAAAGAAGCGGAGGCUGAGGACCGCCUCACUUGCUUCGCCGACCAGGCCCCCUUCCCCGCGUACGACAAGGAGAUCCGGGUGGUCAACCUGGCGGAAAUCACCCCUUCGCUCCUGGACCAGCUCUGCGGCCAGGUCACCCUGCUUUCCAAGCAGAAACACGUCCCUGCUUUGGUGCAGAACAUCACGGAGCCCUGCUGCACACUGGAGGGGGAUGAGAGGACGCAGUGUGCUCAGGAAGAGAAACGUGAGUUCAUCGCCACCCUCUGCAACUCCCCCAAAGCCUUUUGGAAGGACACGAAGAAAUGCUGCGCUCAAGCUGAAGACGCGGCCCGCGUCGCCUGCUUCGAUUCCAGCUACCUGAGAAACGUCACCUUGGCCAGCGCGGCGCAGCCUCUCCAGCCCACCGUGCCGGCAGAAUAAAUCAGAACAGACUGCUCACCCCCUUCGAAAAGACACCUUGCCCUCCUUGUUGGCCUGCCCCACUCGGGGAGCGAGUUAGCCGUUUCCUUGGCCUGUAGACCAUCAGAUC